CUUCGACGAGCCCAUCCGGUGCGGCGGGUGCGGACUGCACUGCGUGGGGCGGAUGUACGCAUGCCAGCUGUGCGCGCGCGACGACUUCGCCCUAUGCGCGGUGUGUUUCGCCGCGCACGUGCGAAUCACCGCCGCGCUGGCCGACGCCGGGCGCGAUGCCGAGCGACGCGAGUCGACCGACGCGGACUCCCUCGUGGCUGCGCCCGAUCACGUGCCCACCUCGCCGCUGACCUCGUCGCGACCGACCGCCGCCGCGUGCCCCGACCUCGCCGUGCACCCGCCGACGAACCUCGGGAUUCGGAGCGACAUCGACGAGAUACUCGAGUCCGCGGCGGCGGCGGCGGCGGCGGCGGAGGACGACGAGCCGAUGGACGACGACGGCGAAGAUGAGCCCGAAGCGUCCGUUGAGACGAUGGACGACGGCGGCACGGAGGAGACGCACUCGUCCGAGGGCGAGGAGGACCUGAUCGAGCUCGGCGACGCGGGGGAUGGGGACGGCGGGGGGCUCGGGACGGCGUUCCUCGGCGUCCACGUCCACCCGCCCACCGCGUUCCUGCGCCAGGGGUGCGAGGACCAGGAGAUGCUGGAGGAGAUGCUGGAGGAGAAGCGCAUUCGACAGGCGGAGAGGGAGAACGAGGCGGCGGCGGCGGCGGCGGCGGCGGCGCACGCCGCUGAUGAGAUCGGGGGCACCAGUGAGGUGACCGUGACGGAGACCGGGGGCGCGGCGCCCAAGGAGGCCGAGCCCGCCCCCGCGUGGGAUUAUCGAGCCGAGAUCAUUUGACCGAAAGUUGGCCCGUUGUCGCCCUCGCGGCGCGAGCGGCGACGAUGCAUCGAUGUUGAUACGAUAUCAUAUAAUAAGUU